GGCCGCCGCCGGCGAAUCUCAACCCCGGCUGGCAACUGGCACUGGAACAAGCAGAAGCGGAUCGGCGUGGCAUCCGCCGCUGGCUCCUCCCGGUUCGCGGUCCUCAGUCCUCCCAUCCUCUGCGGCCCCGCCUCCUCGCGGCCUCGCCCGCGCCGCCCGUCGCCAGGCCACCGCUGGGCUCGGUCCCCCCGGUUCCCGUCCUCGGUCCUCCAUCUCCUCCGCCGCCUCUCUUUGUUGCGUCGUCUCGCACGGACGCACCAUUGCUCGCCACGCCACCGUGUGAGCAUAUUUCCAGAUUGUUCACGUCGAGGUGCUAUUGUAGAAUUGUUGAUGGAGAUGAAGAUGGGAGCUUAGAAUGCGCCAAAUGCUCACUAAUUAGGCAGAGACUCCUCCCUGAGCUACCUCUAGCCACCGCCGUCGGAGCAGUUACCGACUCCGGUCCAAUUGAAACAGCCAUGUCAGCACCGUCCGGUGACACCCCGCUCACAGCGGCCAACAACAUCCAGCCAUUUCUCGUCCUUCACAAGGCUGCUGCAUCCUCGGUGCCAUCUUCCCAUGCUCGACGCCGGAUUCAAACCUCACAGCCAUCCUCCCCCAGCACCUAUUUGGCAGACAGAUGCCAUGAUGCAGCCAGGGUGCAGUGUGAGGAUGAAGGGGAUCUGGAUCUGUAUGAGCAGCUCCGCCUUGAGGCCUUCCAGCAAACCUGGUCCAAGAUUCAGUCUACCAUUGAUGAGGUCCUCAAGGGCAUUAACCUCAAGCUGUUUGACCAGGUGCUGCAGUGGGUGAAGGAGUCCUUCUCUUUGGUCCGUGCAAUUGCAAGACCACACCACACUGAAGUCCAGCAGUCGUACCCUCUCCUGACUGAUGUGAUCUGCAAAAGGAUCCCCACAGCAUUCAUCCUCACCAAGAAUGCAGAGUUUGUUGAUGACAUCACGACAUUUCGGGAUCUUGCAGGGCAUCUGGAGUCCAAUGGAUGUCACCUAGCCAAGCUGUCAGCAACUGAAUUAUCAGCAAAACAUGGAGUUGGUGGUUGCUUUAGGAGCCUGUUGAGGCAGCUAUUAUCCGAUGUUCCAGAUGUUGCUGGUGUAUCUGUGCUAGCAUCUUGGUAUUGUGAAGCUGAGAACUAUGACAAGCCUAUCAUUGUCAUAAUUGAUGAUUUAGAGCAAUGUUCUGGUGAUGUGCUGGGAGAGCUUGUGUUGAUGCUGAGUGAAUGGGUAAUUAAAAUUCCAAUUUUCUUUGUAAUGGGGAUAGCAACUACCCUUGAUGCACCAAAGAAGCUUCUCUCAUCAGAGGCUCUUCAACGAUUAGAGCCCUGGAAACUUACCUUGGGGUCUCCGUCGGAUAGAAUGAAUGCACUUGUUGAGGCCAUCCUUGUUAAACCAUGCGCUGGAUUCUGCAUCGGCCAUGAAGUUGCGAUGUUCCUCAGAAAUUACUUUUUUAGGCAUGAUGGAACAAUAACUUCUUUUAUUAGCGCUCUCAAGCUUGCAUGUAGUAAGCACUUCUCCUUGGAACCUCUGAGCUUUCUGUGCGUUGGAAUGCUUGAGGAAGAUUGUGAGGAAUUUUGGCGUGAUAAGUUUGAAGCACUUCCCCAGCAGAUACGGAAAUAUGCUUUUGGUUUUCCCUCAUGUGCAAGUGCAAAGAUCUCAAGCAAUUCUAGCAACAAUAUUAUAGAAGGACUUUCUAAGCUGUUGAGAUUGCAAAAAGAUUGGGGUUCUGUUCUCUUGUGCCUGUAUGAAGCUGGAAGACAUGACAAAGUUCAGCUUUUGGAUAUCUUCUGCGAGGCAGUCAACCCAGAUCUGCAAACUGAAAAUGUCCUAUUUGUCUCUGAAGUGACUUGUGAAAGCUUGUCGGGAGUAAAGUCAGGAUGUGGUAAAAGAUCUAUAACCCAAGUAAUAAAUACAAUAAGGCACCUGCCAAUGGAAACUUUAUUACAUGUCCUUGAAGUUUGGAGCAACCAUUUAAAAGGAAUGAGUGAGAUAGGAAUGAGUGAGAUCAACGACAAAGUGAAAGAGCUUCAGUCAACCACAAUCAGUGCAGAUAGUGUGAGGCUGGCAAAGGAAAAGUGGACUAGGAGAUCAGCAGCCAGUACUGGAAAUGGUACAGAUCCACUGAAUGAGAAAGCUGCUGUUCUAUUACAGGAUGUUACUAGGAAAUAUUUGGUGCCUGUUGAGUGUUUACCUUUUCAUGAAAUCAUCUGCUUCAAGAAUGUUGACGUUCUCCAAUCUGCACUAAUUGGAAAUCCAAGAAGAAUGGUUCAACUUGAUCUACUGAAGUCACAGAGCCAUCUGAAAUGCUCUUGUUGCAGGAAUGGAACUGCUGUAUCAGGAUCCUUGCAUGACACAUCAAUUAUGUGCAAUCUAGCCCAAGAAUAUGGUGACGUAAUUAACCUUCAUGAUUGGUACAUGACCUUUGAAGGAAUUAUCAACAGCACAAAUUCAAAAGCCAAACGGAAAUCCUACAGUUCUCCCUCGAAGAAGAAAUCAAAACCCUCAUCUCCGGAGGGUAAAGCUAUGAUCCAAGCAAGGUUCUGCAGGGCUGUUACUGAGAUGCAAAUCACUGGCCUUGUACGGAUGCCGAGCAAGAGAAGGCCUGAUCUUGUCCAAAGAAUCGCAUUUGGUCCUUGAUGGUUUCUGUGAUGACAUGCUGCUGUACAGGUGAAACAAUUCUCUACAUAUCAGGAUUGGAGUGGUCAAAUCCGAGCAAUAUAGAUUAGCUACAGACUUGAGUUUUGUGGCUCUUAGGUGGUUUUGUUGUUGAUGGAUCUGCAGGCUCAUGACAAUGUCAUGUGCAGCUGUGGAAGGUUCACCUUCACUUGUAUUGGUGCAUGUAAAGAAUGUAAGUCGGCUGAUAAUUGGGCAGUAUUGGACAUGUUUUUGUUGUUGCUUCGCCAUCUCUAGAGCUGACAUCUGCUCAAUGCAGCCGAAGGGUUUAUCUAUUUUGAAUGUUUAGAUUCA